AUGUCCUACCCCGAUCAGCGCAGUGACGACGCAUGGCGCGCCGUCCUCAGCCCAGAACAAUUCCGCAUCCUCCGCGAAAAGGGCACCGAACGGCCCGGCACGGGCGAAUACGACCAGCACUUCGCGGCGCAGGGGAUCUACCACUGCGCGGGGUGCGAUGCGCCCCUCUACAAGGCGACCCACAAGUUCAAGUCCGGGUGCGGAUGGCCCGCGUACUUUGAUUCCCUGCCGGGGGCCGUGACGAGACAUACCGACAGUUCGUUUGGGAUGCAGCGCACGGAGAUCGUGUGUAGCAACUGCGGUGGGCAUCUGGGCCAUGUGUUCAAGGGCGAGGGGUAUCCGACGCCCACGGAUGAGAGGCAUUGUGUGAACAGUGUGAGUUUGAGGUUUGCGGAGGAUAAAGAGGGAAAAUAA